UAAGGUUGUCUUUAUUUGUAGGACAUAACGAAUCUUCUAUCAAUUCAUGUCUGCCACUGCCACUGCCAUGGCCACAUAGCCAGUACUUAACACUGGUAUCAAUAGCUGCAUGUGAUGUACCUUGUUGCAGUGGAGCUGCCGAAGCGACUGCAGCACAGCAAGUACCAAGUGCGGUAUCGCGCGCCCUCGCCACCGCCGCCAGGCGUUACGCGUACCCCAGAGGAGAUCGAGGCCGAGAUCAAGCGCGUCGAGGCCGAGUAUGAGAAUCUGGCGCUCGUAUUCAUCGAACUGCCGCACGACGUGAUGUGGUCGGAGCCGCCGGUUGUGUGUCAAUGGUACGAGCCACGCUGUCUCUGGAUGACCACAUACAUCAACGACUACAAGUUUAACGAGGACAAGCUCACCGUGCAGUUCCGCACCGGAGUUCUUUGGCCGAUCGGCUUUGCGACUUUGCGGUAUAGCAACUUGCCCUACCAAGGCUGGGAUGUCCGGCCCGACCUCGAAAGCGACGGUGUGAUAAUAUCGGUGACAGGCGUGUGUGUGACAGUGACUUGGCUGUGCUGUGGCAGUUCGGUGCGCCUGCUGUGGAUCGCCAACGCCACCACGCCCGCGCUCAAGAACCAUUUCCGCAAACCCUACAGCGUUAAGAAGAUGAUACAGAUAAUGCGCGAGGCGGCAUGCGACUUCUUCCCAGACUUUGACGCGCAUAACUUGGUGGAGGGCAGCUGUCCCAAGGAGUGGGUGGGCGAGCGGCACACCUAUCACGCCAUGGCCUUCCUCGCCAGGGCCUACAACUUCCAGUGGAGCAGAUGGAACGCUACCGCCGGCAGCAGGAAUAUCGUGAUGCAGAUACGAGAAGCUAUCGACAGGAAGAGAGAGGCCAAGUUCAGCCUGCUGCACACGACUCCGCAGCACGCCACCAUACUGAACUGCACCGAGCUGUCGCAGGAGUUCAACCUCGAUCCCUUACCUGGCUUGGAGUUCUAUCCGGAUCUGUUCACUCUGAACUUGUCGUACGGGUCGGUGGACGCACGCCGCGCACCUUUCCUCGUCAAGUACAGGCUGGUCGAGACCGUGUUCAACAUGUUGACUGAAUUGAAGCUAUGUAGCUUCUCCUGAACACGGAUUUUUUCAUCAGAA